AUGACACACUAUUGGUGGAUGCACUGGUUUUGGAUUACAUCCUCAGUAUCUCUGACAAUCUGCAAAUCAGUUACGAAUCCCGAACAUUCCAAUGUCACCACAUUGCCUCUUCUAAAUGUCACAGAUACCUUCAAUACUACAACUACGUCAAAACCAGUAAUAACGUCAACCCGCCCACCUACUACAAUUUGUCCUAACAUAACAAAACCUCCUACCAUUUGCCCAAAUAUAACAAAACCCAUCUUGCCACUAAAAACAACCUUUUUUCCUAAAUACAACAAAACCUCUCAGAAAAAAAUCGACUUUCUUUUCCCCAAUGCUACGGUAAAGAACAAAACAAAGGAAGAGAAAGACAAGGAUGUUAAAGAAAAAGUCAAAGAAACUGUGAUAAAAAAUAUCAGUCAAAGUGUUAUUGAUGACCAAGUGUUGGUCAAUGCGACUGUUACUGCAAUAAACAGAACCGACAAUUUAACUUAUGUGGAAGCUGACAUUACCCUCAAUCAGAGUUCCAUACAGAAUUCGGAAAGGUUUGGAGUCGAAGAGAUAGAGAAAGAUGUCAACAUAUCUGAAAGUAAUUUAAGUGCUGCGGGAAUCACUGGAAUUACUUUAGGCUGUGUUGUUAUGGUUGGCGUUUUAUCUGGGAUAAGCUAUUUCAUCUACAGAAACAGAGGGUUCAACAGGCCUCAAGUACUUAACGAUAGGUGCAGUAACCCCGAUUCAAGCGGAUACAUCGACGAUGCUUCAGUAAGAGACAACUCUGAAGAAAUGUAUAGCUUAGACAACGAUUCGUUUCUCAACAGUUUAGAAGCCAUGACUAUUCAGAAUUACUGGACGGAUACGGUAAAACAUACCAAGCUCUAG